UGUACCUGCAGAAACAACAGGAACAAUCAUAAAGCCAUCCUCCAACGCGAUACCUCUUCGACGACUUGCCCAUCGUUAUACAUUCAGGCACGAACGACAUCCAGACCCUUGUCUGGACCUACGCACCGUCCACCUCAUCACCUCUUCCCGCUCGCUAGCGUGACCGUUCCGAGCAGCCCUGACAUCAUAAUUUGAGUGAUCUUGUUCCACUUGCACUCGAACUGGCCCAAAGCAAAAAAGCACAAGGCUCCCUCCACUGCGUCACCCCCAAGACACCAAGUCCGAAGAUCGCAUUUUGCUUUUAACCACCUGUGACCUGCGUCAAAGAAACAACCUUCCUUCUGAACAUAGCACUCUCCACUUUCGCCCUACGACUGCCCUGGUCAUUACAUUAAUUAAUAACAUAUCGACUCUCCACACACGGCAAUUGCAAUGGCUGUAGCGCGUCCUCUAUUGGGAUUGAUUUCCCUUGUCCUCGUUGGUGCUGGACUUCUCUUCCAAUUCUUCGUUAUCCUGUCUGGCGUGUCAAACACCACGCCUCUCAACAAGACCUACUUCAUCCAAGUCGACACUGCUGGAACUUCUGCUGUUCGCAACCCCGCUCGCUGGACCUUCUUCCACAUCUGUGGUGUAGUCAAUGGCAAAAAUGGAAACUGCCGCUCCCCUACUCCCGCUCUGCCUUUCGACCCCCCAAGAAACUUUGGCAGCGACCAGGGCAUUCCUGAGGCCUUCAUUGGUACCAACCACUACUACUACCUCUCGCGUUUCAUGUUCGCUUUCUACCUGAUUGCUCUCUUCUUCGCUGCCAUUGCCUUCCUCACUGGUAUCCUCGCCAUCUGCACUCGUCUUGGCUCCUACCUCUCUGGUCUUACCGUCGCCGUUGCUGCCUUCUUCCAGGCCCUUGCUGCCGCUCUCAUGACUGCAUGCUUCGUCCAAGGUCGCAACGCCUUCCGUCGCAAUGGUCAGGAUGCUCGUCUCGGUCGCUACGGUUUCGGUUGGACCUGGGCUGCCUUCGCCGCCUUCUUCAUCGCCAUGGUCCUCUUCUGCGUCGGCGGUGCGGUUUCCAAGUCCAGCGAGCGCACCCCCCGCAAGGGUGGAAUGUUCGGUCGCAAGGCCAGCACCCGCUCCCGCGGCAGCUUCAUCGAUUCCGAGAGCCAAAGGCGCGUCAAGGAGGAAUACGAGUAAAGCAGAGCUAGAACCCUAGACUCUUGUUUACGAGCUUCUUUGUCGUCGUCUGUUUUCACGUUCAUGAUAUCCCUAGAUCUAUGAAAUCUGCAUCUCUCGGGAUGUACGG